CACCACAACAACUUCAACAAGAGGAUAUUUAUUUUGAUCCUAACAUUAUCGCCACUUCAAUGAGUUUACAAUUUUUAAAAGCCAAAAUGAGGUAAAACUGAAAAGGUUUGAGCAUGACACUGAGCUGAGAAGCAUGUUUAUUUCAUUACUUUGUCACUUGACACCAAAUGGUCAGCCUUCAGCCUGUGUUACUCACUCAGCUCGGGGGACUCGCUCUCUGAAGUCACUGCUAUUUCAGUGUAUUUUCUACCACUGUACCUUGGCUACAGCCAUGCCUCUAUUAGAGCAGGGGUCUUAAUCGUAAGUUUGCUUUGCUUCUCUUUUUUGUUUUCUUUCAGGACUGAACCAUAAAAAAGUGUUGCUAUAAUGUGAAGUGCUAGAUUUUAACAGAAAGCCAUUCCAGCAAAACUGUGGAAUCUCAGUAUGACCUGGAUUUUUGCUGAUUGUAUUCUAGUCUAGAAGAAUUGGAAACAAUUUAACUACAGCAUGGAAUCCAAGGCCAAACGGAAAGAGGCUCAACCUCUUCACCUUUUGGAAGGUGGACUGUUUAAAAGCAAGACUACAUAAGUAGGCAAUCUGAGAGACCGAUAGAAGCAACUGUGUCCGGCUCAUGUGAGCAAGUAUUUGAAAUGAGCUCUCUGGAAAAGCGCCAAGCAAAUCGGCGGGGAAGCACACAUGGCCCUCGCAAGUUCUCUAAUGGCAUCAGUGACACAUCGAGUGUGGGAAGCUUCAUGGAUGAAACAGACAGGGAGGUAAGCAGCCUCACUGAUCGAGCCUUCAGGAGCUUGUGUAUUGGAGAAGAUGCCAUCUACAAUGAUUUGGAGGUUUCCUCCCCUGCUGAUCUGCACAAAGCCUGUGCUCAAGAAAGCCUGCAAAAUAAAGAUUUAAGGACAACCUGCUGUGGCAUACAGUAUGAGGAGGCAGAGAAAAAAAACGAGGUGGCCUCAACAUUCCAGCAUUCCUUUGUGGACGUAGCACAAGAGCAUAUUCUCAGAGAUGAGACUUUGUCUUAUAAAAGCAAUGGCUCUAUGGAAGCGAUGUGGCAACAGAAGAGAAGCACUUCCAGAGCAGACAAAUCAGCUCUGCUAAGUAUUGAGAGAGAACUGUCCGAGUUCUCUUUUGGUUACCAUUCGAAUUUUAAGUCAGGCCCAUCACAGUCUUAUGGAAAUCAUUUUCAUGCAGUGGGACGGGUGAACACAGCAACAUCCUCAAAAACAAAGCUCAAGGCUCUAAACACCACUAACUUUUUCUUCCACAGUGAAUUCAGUCCUUUCCAGUUGUGGAAGGAUUAUAACAGGUUCCCUUUUGAAAGGGUGGAACCAACAGGGUUGGUGUCAGCCACUGAAUUUCCUAGGUGGUAUGAUUCUCCACUCUACAAAGAACUCACAGCUACACACAGGAUUUCAAAUGCUGCAGGAGAAGGCAGGCAGUUUACACAAAGAAAAUUUGAGAAUGUUGCUGCCUCUCAGCGCUCUAGAUCCACUGUAAUCCAAAAAGCCUCAGCCAUAGAGAAGAGAUGUGAAUCUGAAAUGCUAUCGAACUGCCCCCCAUGGAAAAAUAAUAACUUUGUGAGAAACAAACUGUCAAGCAACAGGCCCUCCACAGUCUCACCAUCCAAUGAGAAAGUACACAGGCCGGAUUCUAGCCUGCUUUAUCAUAAUAGACAUACAUAUGAAAUUCAACACAAAGUAGGGAAAGUGGGCAGCAGUGAAAUGUCCAAUAGAACGACUCCAUUCAACAUUACUCAACUUCUGACACCUGUAAUUCCUGGAAGGCAGGAAACAGAAACAUCAGAGAUUCUGCAAUUUGCACAUACUCCCUUGAUUUCUGAGUGUGACAGUGACCUGAAACCACAGUCUGAUGCAAAACAACUGCGUGAUAGCUACAAAUCCAAAGCAUCAAGUCUACUGUUCAACCUUAAAGACAACAGAAAACGAGUCAAGAGCACGUACAGUCCUACAAAAUUUAAAGGUUUAGAGAUAUCAGAUCGGAAUAAACAACCAUCAAAGCUAGAAGGUCGUGAAUCCAGACUUUCAGAAGCAUCAGGAUCAAAAGUGUCCAUUCAGGAGCAUUCUACAGCUCUUGGCACUUGGGAACUUUGUAACUCGGUUCAACCAAAUUAUGAGCUUUCCUUAUUCCAAACUGCAGAACACAAACAGCAUGCUGAUAAAUCACAUAACAAUAUAAACUUAAUGUCUCAGUAUGGCACUACAAACUGUAAUAUCCCUUAUUUAGGCUCACAGAACAACCAUCAUGAUCAUCUUACUAACAGAGAACGUGAGCAUUAUGAGUUAUCAACAAAUUCAGGACUUGGUAAUAGUGGUGGGAGCCCAGUGGGUCACAUUAAUCAUGGUACAACUUUCUAUAGGAGAGAUGCAGAUGCAGGCCAUCAGAACUUUGUGAGAAACCCAAGUUCUGGAUAUAUCAAUAACCAGAUGACUGAAGAAAACUGUUCUUGGAAAAGAACAGGACCUGUAAAUAUGGUGACCAAGGAAAUGAUUAAUAAUAAUGUGAUAAAAGAUGAGCUGCCAUAUAAGGGAGAAAUAGCUGCAUUGAUAGAAAUGGACAAACAGAGGAAAGCCACCGAUAAACAAUAUUUACCUUCAGCCAAUGAGGGCUACACUAUGAGAAAAGAGAUGUGCAUAAAUAAAGUGAAUGAGAAUGUAAAUGGGAGUUGGCUUCCAAAAGACAAACAGAUUCAGGACACAAAAAGCUCUUUCCAGACAUAUGCUAAUAAACAUUUCUCAAACAAUCAUACAAAUACAUCUGCAAUAUCUCAAAAUUUGUAUGAAUUUCAACAUAAUGGUCUGCAGAAAAAGCAAUCUCCUCAUAAAGAGGUAAACCUGACAAGGGGAUCAGAAAUUACAAGACAUGAAAAAGCUGAAUUAUGUCUUCCGAGACACAUGAGACAUGCUACAAGUGAUAGAGAGACUGAAAAAGAUUAUAGUCAGAGAACACAAUUUUUGCAAUCAAUGGAGGAGAAAUAUCGAUAUAAUGAAGAAUCUGAUGCUUAUCAGCCAUACAAGUACGAGUCAAACAAACAGUGGCACAUUGCAACAACUGAAAACAGACACAACAAAGGUGAAGAGUGCAUGUCAAGACAAGUGCAGCAAUCUGAAAUGAAAGUAGAACAACCAGGUGAAUCAAAUUAUAUACACUCCUUAUCAAGGACAUCUUGUAUUCAGCAGCAAAGCACAGCAUAUUCAGCAAGAACAAGCCAAAGAAAUUUGAUAACAGAGGACAGAGCCAAAACUGAACAACACAAGCCAACCUAUUCUAUUGACCCCAGUCAGAUAUAUCACAAGCAGGGCGAUAUGAAUACAGACCUUAACAUACUAAAUACUCAAAGAACUUGGCAAAAUAACAACAAUCAACAAACAAGAGGGGACAGAUUUAACAUUAAUGACAUUCUUUCUGUCAGAGACAAUGAACAAGCAAAAAGAGUCAGAGAAAAUAAACACAGUUUAAAUGGCAGAGUUGGUGACCCAAAUAAAUUAGAACAUCUAACUUCUCCAGUCACAGCUGAUGAAGCAGAGGACUUAGAAGGUAAAACAGAACCAUCUAAAGUUCAGUCACAGUUACAGCAAGAUGGAAAUUCCCAUUGCAAACAUGAAAAUACAAAUGUAUCAUACGGCUAUGUCAGAAACGAGUCACAUAUUGCAAAUGACGUGAAAGAGAGGACAGGAAAAGACAUAUUUAUAAGUAACGAGAAUGAUAAAAUUACACUAAGAGCGCUUUCAUACAAAGAAAAAGGACAAACCAAACAAGAGAUACUCACCUCAAAAUUAAAAGCACAUGCUCAGAAGGAGAUAUCGGCAAUUAAAGAAAAAGGCCUUGCUAAACAUGCUAUUCCAUCAAGAAAUCCAGUAAAGCCAAGUAUAGCUGUAAGCAAUGAAAAGGGACAAAUAAACCAGGAAAUUCUGUCACUGAAGAAAGAAAUUACUGCAGAAAAACUUAAUCAUAUUUUUCAGAACAUUACUUAUUCAGGUGUUCCCUUAUACAAAGAACAAAGAAAUCAAGGCAAGGAUGAGCCAAAAUAUGAAUCUCUUACAGCAGAAAAAGUGGAAUUACCUACAAGAGACAUGGGCUCUGAGAUAAACAAAGUUGCUACAGAGAAAGAAAGGACAAAGAUUCAAAUGAUAAAACCUCAAGAGGAAAAGUUUACAGAGGCAGACAAGAAAAACUAUGAAGUCCAGAAAUUUGUUAAAAAUGAUGUUCACCAGCCAAACAUGCAAUCCAGAGAAAAUCAACUUAGCAAACCUAGCAAAGACAAUGAGAAAGAGCGAUCUACAAAUGAUACAAUUCCAGCCAAAUGUUUCUCAAACUCUCCAACUCUCAAGGUUUUCAGUAAUGAGGAAUCUGUUGUCAAGAAGGAAGAUAAGACCUCAUCUAACCUGCUCACAACUUCAAAUAACACAAAGUACUUAACAUUUAAAGCGAAUGGCAAUGACAGUCCAAAAAAUGAGGUCUUGGUAAAAUCAGCAACUACCCAUCUUACACUGUACAACAUUUCAGGGGAAGCUAUAGCCCUUGAAUGCUCUGUUAACAAAGCAAAAGAACAGCUGUCAAAUGUUAACAUAGAUAAACCUACUGAUGAUAGUAAUACAGCUUCUCUUAAAUGCUUUGACUUGGCAGAAACAACCAAAGGAAAGAACAACACAAGCAAAGAAAAGCCUUUAAUACUACCAAAUGCAAGACAGCUUGAAAUUGAUACUAGGCAAGACAAAACUCCAACAGAUUGGAUGAAAGACAAAGUAACUGCGUUUGAGGUGUCAGCGGAAUUUACAGAACCCAAAACUACUUUUCCUUAUAAACAAAUGGCAAAUACUGAACAAGAAAGGGAAGAUCUUCAAAGUGGAGAUGGUGGAAUCAGUGAAAAUCAGACAGUGCUUUCUGAAAGUUCACCAAAGGCCAGUAAUCAAGAGUAUUGUAAGCCAAAUGCAGAACCCCAAGAAAAGGAAACGUGGCAAGCAAAACAAGCCAUGCAACCAGAGGCCUUCCAAACAUCUAAAACGAAUGAAGAUGUUUUUUUUCAGCAACCUCAGAAUACUGAUUUUGAUGCAUUGAAGACAUUGCAAAAUACACAUGCUAACAAAGAAUUGCGAUAUCCAACAACUUUAAGAUUAAAUAAGGCAGUAAAUAUGCAACUUGAUUCUUCAGAGGAGAACAAAUAUUCUCUGCAGCAAGAACCAAAAACAAAGAAGCUGCACUUUGAAAACAGUGAAGUUCAAGAAUCAGUGUCUCAAUUAAAGUUAAAAAUUAGACAUAAAAACCAAAAUCAGCAAAUUAUAAGGGAUAAAGAAGUAACUGAAAACAACAAUCAACAACAAGACAGUGAACGAGCUCCAGACACUAAACAUCUUAACCAAAAGGCAAAGGAUUUCCAUGAACAUAUAGAAACUACACCAACAGAAAAUAAACAGUCCAAUAAUGACAUAAGAACAUAUAGCAGUAAUGGCUCAAAGUCCCCAGGCAUUGAGCAUUCAGAAGAGAAGCUUUCCAUGCCAAUAAUUACUAUAGACUGUAAAGAUCAACAUCUCAGUAGCCACCCUGCUCCAGACAAAACUGCUGACAUUACAAAUCCAGUAUCUGAAACCCAUGUCAUUCACAUUACUAGCAAGGAAGACAGUUCACCAAUGGAUGAGCCUGUAAUAUACAGUAUAUGUGUUUCAAGCACAGCAGAAGCUGUUUCAGAGGAUGAACCUAUAAUCUAUAGCAUUUCUGUAUCAGGCAUGUCUGAUGCUUCCAUGACAACUGGUCUAGAAAACCUAGAAAAAACUCCAAACCAGCUUUCAAUAGAGCAAGGAGAGAAAGAUGACAAAGAAACAAUCCGCAAUAAAAAUAAAGAAAGUGACUUCCUUGAAAGUAAAGAGGAUAGUAAAGAGGUAAAAUUGCUUUUAAAUAACAAUAUGGCAGAACAAGAAACUGUGGUAAGAAAAUAUGAUUCUCCUAUAAGCAAAGAUAAACUUGAUUAUUAUGGAUCAACAGAGCUGGACAAUAUUAGCUCAUCUUAUGAAAGUCUCUUGGCCAAAUAUGGGCUUUCUAAUGGAGAUACAAUUCAUGUGGAGACAGAUCAAAAAGAGCAGGAUAAAAAUCAAGGAGAUGAAAAGGAAGAAUCUACCCAUAAUACUUUACAAAAAAUACAGGAUAAUACGAUGGAUACUGACCAUAUGCCUGUUAAGAAAAUGUUGCCAUCAGCUGAUUUCACUAAAAAGCAUUCUCCAGGAUCCAGAAAACCAAAGUCUCCAGAAGCCUCCCCUAAACGUUUGAGAAAUGUUGAGGAAAACCUUGAGCAACAUGUUACUCACUCAGAGCAAGAGCAUCAGACAGCUAAUGGAGGAGGCACACAAAGAGCUGGUGGAAUUGUGUACUCUGAUAGAAACAUUAAACAGGAUGUUUUGGCAAAACAAAAAAUCCUUAUGUCAAAGGUUGUACCAGUUUGUGAAGACAUUGUGGAUACUCAGUUAGCAAAGCAAAUCGUGGCAAAUGGAAAUGUUCAACUGAAGGAAAACAAGCAAGUCAGACAGAAAGUACAAACAAUGGAGACAGGACUGAAAGAAAAUGACGAUGAUGUUGUUAGCAAAAGUACUGAGGUGGUACAAGUGAAAUGUGAGAAUGAUACACAACAUACAGCUGGAUUUAAUUCUGCUAAUAUCAUCAAUAAGUCACACAAUCACUCAUGUGAUGACUCACCACAACUCAGCUAUAAAAUCUCUACAAAUGAUUGUCAGAUCAUGAUUAAAACCCAAGACACAGGAGUAUAUUCGGUUCAGAACAGUGAGAAUGCAGUCAAUCAAGCACAUAAUACAAAAAGCCCCAUACUGCAAUACAGGACACAAGAAGAAUGUGCAAGUGAUACCCUCAAGCAAGUAAGCAAAGAAUGUCUUCAAACUGGAGAUAACAAGGCUUUACAAAACAAUAGAAAAGAGUUGGUCUGCAAAAGUGAAUACCCAGAACCUGAGCAAGUCAAAUUCAUGACAAGCAAUGAAGUAAAAAUCAAUAGGGUGAUUGUUUCACAGAAAGAAAUUUCAACCUUCACUAAUGAAGAGACCAAAGAGAGUGGCAAUGUUAAUCAGAAUCCAAUCAAACAUGCUUUUCCUUCUGGAAAGAGAGAUCAGCGUGUAUUUACAGGGGCAGAUGUUCUACUGGAAGAUAAAGAAGUGGAUAAAAAUGACAUAGAGAUCCAAAUAAAGGCAGAUACUGUAUGUACCAAAGGUGCUGUGCCACCUAAUAAUGUAAGUGCUCAAAAUGCAGUAUCUGCAAAAGUCACAGGAACAAAAGUAUCAUCUGCUCCGGGCGUGACAGAGGAUGACUUAGAAAGACUUGAAAAUGAGAAAUGGAAAAGGGAACCAGUACAAAAAGAGAGAGAAAUCAUAAAAGAUGAAAUCACGACAUUAAAUAAAGAGCCCAAGCCAGCAUCAUCUGUAAUUAAAGGUGACAAAGAUGCAGAAUGCGAAUCCAGUAAGAGACAUACAAAUCUAAAAGAGGCAAAAGCUCAGCCCCAAGACAAAAAGGAUGAUCACUUUGAGAAACUGAUUAUUGAUAAGACUAGAAAAAACAGUGGACAGAAAGAAAUCAAGGCUGUCAUUGGGGCAUUUAAAGAAAGUAGUGAUAUCAUUAGAUGGGAUAUAGAAGGCAGUGGAACGGUUUUAGGAGACAAACAUGAUCAAUUUAGUAAUGUGUACAAUCCUCAGAAAGAUGCUCUUCUAGAAAGAAAGGGAAAUACAUAUGAUGGAAAACAUAUGUAUGAGUCUAAUCAAAACAGUCAAUAUCAUGAUACAGUGCUUACAAGAAAAGAGGGAACCUUCACUAAGACUGAGGUUACACAGAGGGAGAGGAAAACGACUAGGCCAGAAAUAUCAGCUUUAGCUGACUAUGCAAGGCUGAGGGUUAUCUCAGCUGAAGAUGACACCAUUACUGAAAAGGAUUUACUUCAAAAAAUGAACACAUCUCAGAAGUAUAAUUUAUCUGCUGUGGAGCCACAGAAGGCAAAUUUCUCCAUGUCUGUGGGAGGUACAGAGCAAAAUAAACAGCUGUCUGUAAAUAAGAAAUCUGAGAAUUUGAAUGCAACAGCAAUGCCUUUACAAGUCCCGGAACGACAAACCUACAAAAUUACAGAUGAAAUACUUGCAGGACAUAAUCAGUGCUCACCCAGGAGUGAGAUCAUUGCUUAUCCAAAACCUGGAUCAUUGGCUAAAAGCUCAGAUGAUAGAUUAUUUGCUGUAAAAGAUACAGAAAGCACCAAAGAAAAGACAUUAACCAACCACAUGCAACCAAACACUAAAAAAUAUUUGACUGCACAAGACUAUGGAUAUUCAAGAAGCCAUGAAGUGUAUCAACCCCAAAAUCCUCGAGCUACUCAUCCUGUACAAAGACAGAUUGAGAGCAAAAAUGACUCCAAGCUAAAACAGCCAGUUAAUGCAAACAUGCUGGAAAGGAAGGUUUAUCCUCAAGUUAAAAAUUCCCAAUCUCUACCACAAGUGUCAAUCGAAACUGAACUUAAUAGUGCAAAUAGACAUGCAGAUAACCAAAUAAAGGAGGAAGUGAAAGAUGAAGAAACAACAGAGGAGCUACAAUACUACAUUGUCAAUACAAUGGAAAGUGAGACAAAACCUAAAAAUAAUCCCGAACCACUUUCGUUAAGCCACAAAAUUACUUCAAAUAAAGACUUCACUGAAAUUCAUGCCACAUCACCACGGUCCAACACUUCUUCUCCAGCCCUGGGGAAGUCCAUCAUGUUCAAAGUGAAAGAUAACACAGGCAAAACUUCCUCAGUUACUAAAACUGUUAGGCCACGCUUUCACAGAUCAUUCUCUGAGGAAUUCAGAAUUGGCUCCCCAGUUGACACCUGUUGUGGUUCAGAAAAAGACAAAGUUGAACAUGAUCAUGAGAAUGAUCCGAAAGAGUCUGCUAGCUCUCCAGUUUUGCAUGAGCAAUCAGUAACUUCACAUCGUGUUCCUAGAGCCAAAGAAAUCCAAGCUCGAAACAAAAUGUUGUCCCCAGGAUUCAUAGCACCAAAAGAACCAAGGAGCUACAACACAAAAAGCCACAUGAUUAAAGAGAAUGAAUCUCGAUCUCUCAUCAACACAGUGUCUGAGGAUGUGGAGAGACUAGCUUCUAGCUCAGUAGUAAUGACAGACAGUAGAGGUUUUUCCACUGAACAUAUUAGACAUGCCUAUACAAGGCCAGAAUCUUCCUGUUAUGAAAGACCAGAAUCAGCCUGCUAUGAUAGACCUGAAUCUGCCUGUAGUGAUAUAAGAGCAGCAUGUAAGCCACCUGCAGUUCCUCCUAAAACGGAGAAAGCCCUUCGUCGUGCUAAAAGGCUCACAACCAGGAGAGUCAAGAAGGUAGAGGACAGGAUGACGUCUGAUACUCCAGUACAACCUGAGACCAAGUUCACCCGAACUGUCUCCAGCUUGCCUGCUUCACCUAUGGUUCAAAUGUCAACACCUCAAUCAGUACAGGCCUCACCUCCAAUAUCACACUAUCAUGUUGAACCAAAUUAUGCUCCUCCUGCACCUAGCAUUGUGGCUCAUUCUUUCCCCAUGACCCAAAGAAAGCUCUUACAGGAUCCAAACUCUGGGCAAAUCUUUAUGGUGGACAUGCCAGUUCAGGUCAAGACGAAGACAUUUUUUGACCCUGAGACUGGAAAAUAUCUACAGCUCAAUGUGCGACAGAAGACCCAGAGCACCUUGUCACAGCCAGCAUCUGUGGAGGUGUUGGGUCACCCAUAUAUGUUGUACCCUGGGUUUCUGCCCAUGUCUAUUUCUGUCCCAUCCUUACCCUCCGUAAGGUCAACAUCCCAGAUGUCAGCACCAGCCACUCUCACAGAGGAGCCGAACCAGCUAAAAGCAAGUCAUGAACCAAGUGAUCAGGAGAUUUUCAAACCAGAACGUCACAGAAAUGUCCAACAGCACAAUGGACCCGUUUGUAAGACACGUGAACAAACUGGCAGAGAAAUUUUGCACACUGAAAAUGUCCGAAUGACUCCAAGACAAACACAUAUCAUAACAAUGAGUGAAUUAGAGGACUUUGCAGCGGAGAAUACCUGACUGGUGUACACAUGAAUAAAUGUAUAUUUGACUUUGUGAAUAAGAACUUAUUUAAGGAUUCAUUAAAUGCAAAAAAAUAUACCGUUUGAGAAUGAUUUUAUGGUUUGAUUUAUAAGCUGCAAUAUUCUUUGCAGUUGUGCUAUAAGAAAAGCAGUGCUAUUUAUUUUAUAAAGGAGAUAUGCAUUCCAUUUUAGAAGUAAUUUAUAAUCACAUGUAAAUUUCUCACAAUUCUCCCUAGUCUUAAAUGAGUCAUGUUCAUUCAAAGAGAAAAUUUAUAAUAUGACAGUGACAUUUUGGUAUUAACUAAUUGCUUACCAGGUAGUCUCGGUUGUUUUGCGUAGACACAUUGUACCACAAAAACAAAAUAAGACUUCUCUUUUUGAGGAAAAAGGAUGAAAACCAUAUAAUAUAUAGAAUUGAUUAAUAGUUUUUAACAUUUUCUCACAAUUUCAAGGUUUACAUUGCAAAAUUCAACAAUUCAACUUGUAUAGAAACCAUUGUGAAUGUUUAACCUUAGAAUCAUGAGUUUGUGGUUGUAGCUAUUUCUGACUGUAUUUGCAUGAAAUGCAACGAAUACUCCCUAGUUCAUUUGAAUUUCUAUGAACAUGAUUGGCUUAAGGCUUUAAAAUGUGAGAGUUUCUUUUAUACACUUACAUUUGACUGGAUUUCAGCAUAUGUCUGUUUUGUAAACUUCCUGCUAAUUGAAACCGAAGCUUCUUAAGAGAGGAUAUAUAAACUGAAUAAAAAUAAGAUUUGCUCAGUUAUUAUGGUUACACCAGACAUUGUGGUUACACAAUUUUCUACACAAUCAUGGUCCACAUUAUUGAUUAAAAUGCCAAUCCAUUUUUAUUUCAGAUUCCUAAGCAAUAAAUUGUCUUUUAAGUUGAAUGAUUCAUAGUGUUUUAGAGUUCAUUCAAUAAAAAGUACAUAGGAAUAAAAUAAUGUGAUGUCACUCAUAAUGGUCUAUUGCCAUAUAAUUGUGUUACUAUCACUAAAAAUAAGUCAUCUUUGUCAUUUUAUUGAAAAUUAUUUUUUCAAUGAAAAGUUUUAAAAGGUUUAUUUCUUGUAGUACCAAGUUAUUAAAAGGAAAAAAUAAUGAA